UCCCACCUCUCCCUCUAUAUAAACUCUCAAAGCGAAGCCCAACAACAGCAGAAGAAGAAGAAGAAGGAAGCCAUUUACAUACAAUACAUAUGUAUAUCCCAAGAAUAAUGCAAAUGAAAAUUACAAGAUUCCUAGUGUUUUUCUUUGCCCUUCCUCUUCCUCUUGUGUUGGCCGAUCUGCAGGUAGGUUUCUACAAAUCUACGUGUCCGCAAGCAGAAUCAAUUGUACAACAAGUAGUGCAAGCUGAAUUCUAUCGAGAUCGAUCCAUCACCGCUGCCUUGCUUCGUAUGCAUUUUCAUGAUUGUUUUGUCAGAGGUUGUGAUGCCUCUAUACUAAUAGACUCAACAAGUGAGAAGGCAUCAGAGAAAGAUGCUGGGCCAAACCAGACUGUACGAGGAUUUGAAGUUAUUGAUAAUGCCAAGAAAAGAUUAGAGGCUGCUUGCCCUUCAACCGUUUCUUGUGCCGAUAUUAUUACUUUGGCCACCCGUGACGCUGUUGCUCUUGCCGGAGGCCCCAAUUAUACAUCGGCAACGGGAAGGCGCGAUGGUCUUGUCUCCGAUCCUGAACAAGUGUUGUUGCCGGGACCAGCACUUUCUGUUUCUGGGGCAUUGCAAUUUUUUACUGCCAAAGGGAUGGCUCUCAAUGACAUGGUCACCCUUUUAGGAGCACACAGUGUGGGAGUAGCACAUUGCUUCUUCUUUGACUACAGGCUUUCCAACUAUGAAGGCUCCGGGGCUCCGGAUCCUUCCAUGGAUCCUGCUCUGAUUGCAAAGCUCAACAUGACCUGCGCGAGGAAUGCGGGCGCUACUGCAUUUUUGGAUCAAAGUACGUCGUUCGCCAUGGACAAUCAAUUCUUUAAGCAAAUUCUUUUGAGGAAAGGUGUUUUGCAGAUUGAUCAGGAACUUGCGUUGGAUAAUUCAACCGCUCGCUUUGUUUCUGGUUUUGCAUCAAACGGGGUCGUAUUCCACCAGAGCUUUGCAAAAGCUAUGAUCAAGUUGGGCAGCGUCCAAGUUCUUGUUGGGAAAGCUGGAGAAAUUCGGAAGAACUGCAGAGUUUUCAAUACACCCAAGAAAAGUAAAUAAAUUCGAGCCUUUUAAGGAUUUUAUAUCCUCUUUUUUAAAUAUUCAUGAGUAGAGA